CCGUCUGGUGCGCAGACAAAUCAGCGUGAAGAGCUGAAGAUUCGAACGCAGGAGGCCCAGACCAGCGCCACACGCGCGGCUCCCCCAGAAGCCUGGACUGUGGGACUCCAGAGAGGCGGCCGCGGAGCUCCGAGGAUUUGCCUCGCAUCGCGCCGUCCUGCGCCCCAGCCGCUUGCCUCACCUGUCCCUAAGACCUGUCAGGGCGUGCAGGUCGAGCCCCUCGUCGCCCUGUGCCAGGCCCCGGAGACUCCUUUAGGUCGAGGUGAUGGGCAGCCGGCCCCGCAGCCCCAGCGCCUACCCUGCGGACUGGUGGGCACCAGAGUCCGGAAGACAGGGCCUUACCAAGCGCCGCCGACCCGCGGAGCCCGCAGGCCCCGAGUCCGUGUCCGAGGCGCCGCCCUGCCCGGACAACAGGACAGAGCCCGCGGCCGCGCUCACCUCGGUGGUGGUCCUGGCCGCCGGCUGUGCCCUGCAUCUGGCCCUGGACAACGUCGACGUGGUGCUGGAGCCGGAGCCCACGUCCGUGCUGCAAGUGUCUCUGGGAGAUCGCACCCUCAUUCUAGUCCCCGAGGCCCUCCUGGGCUCGGGCGUCGAAUGCCCAGGAGGACAGAAUCUGACAGAGGGCGCUUUCCUGAGCGCUCCCGGAGAGUCUCUGGCCCUGGGGGAGGGAUUCUUCUGCGCAGCUGUCCCAGAGAUAGCCUGCCAAGAAGAGGCCAAUGAGGAGGACUCGGACACCGAGUUCCUGUCGCCUGCGAUGUAUGCUGCAGCCGGCUCAGUCCCUGGGCUGUGCAGUCUCGACGUUGCAAGGCGUUUGACUUGGGCGUCGGGCCCCAACGCGCAGGCCUUUGACUCAGAGCCCUCGCUUCCGACUCCCAUCUUUAGUCCAGAGAGACGCUCUCCUCCCCAAGACUACAGCCUGGACUUGCACCUUCCAGAACCCUCUUCCGACUCACCACUCCAACCUCUACCUCCCUCUCCGAGUCCAGGUCCGCACGAGCGCCCCCAACGCCCUCAUGGUCCUGCGCGCAAGGCCCGGAAAUGCCUGUUCCCAGAAUGAACUGCACCCUACUACACACACACACACACACACACACACCUCACACACACUUCUGGAUACCAUCCUGGAGGCCCAAUGGAUUAGCCAGCGUCCUGAAUAUCCUACAGCCCGGAAAUUAAGCACUUCUUGUGC